GAAAGAAUUUAUUUUUUAUAAUACCGAGUAUAAUGUAACGGUACUUAAGAUUAAAUAAAAAUAUUUUUUUUUUCAUGUUCCGUUAUCACAAACAACAAGCUUUUAAUUAAUAAAGUUUUCCUCACAAACGUUAUAAAAUAAAACUCAAAACGUUAUAAAGUUUCUAUUUUAACUUAAUAACGCAUUUUGUGUACGAUAUAAAGCUUUAUCCAUUAAAAAAGCUUACACACAAAAUAACUUCAAUUCCAAAACGUUCCGCUCUAGCAGUUAACAUUGGGUGUAAAUGUUAGAGCGUAAAGUGAAGGUAGUUAGUUGCGAUUUAGUAACAGACGUGUUAAGUUGUGGAUGAUUAGUAGCGGCGCGUGUACGUACGUUCUUCGUUCGUUCGUUCGGUCGGUCUUUUUGUGAGACGCGUUUGUCAUUUUGUGUUUGCAUACAAAACAUAAAGUAAAACAUACGUAGGCUUUUUUCUUGUUGUUGUGAAGUUUGAAGUAAAUAAAUGAAGUUUGUUGUAAUCAAAGAAAAAAAUAGGUAACAAAAUAUUGGAAAGAAUGUAAAAAAUAUUAUAAAAAAGUAUUAAACAAAUUGGUAAGAGCGCAGCGCGUGUGUAGCCAGCCAUAUUUAAAGUUUGUUAGAAGAAAAAAAAAUAUGUAUAAAUAUAAAAAUAAUUAAGCUUACUACAAGAUAAAUUGAAAUUGUGUUUUAGAAAGUUCUGUUUUUUGAAGAAAAUAAGUGUUAAGUGUAAAAUAAGUGAUAAAUACAAAAAGUAAAAUAAAAUCUUCAGCAAUUUGUUACAAUUGAGUGAAUUUUUUUAAAACUUGCAUGAUUUCAUUUUAAAGAAAAAAUAUUGGUUGAGUGAUUAAACAACAACAAAAACGUUUAAAAAGAAGAGGCUUCUUUAGACUGGAAUUAUAUUAAAGUAAAAAAGUGCAUAAAUUAACAAGUUUUGUAAAAAAAUAUAUAUAUUGAGGGGAGGUCUGUUAAGAUUUUCCUGGUUUUGUAAAAAAAUUUAUCUAUAUAUACACGAAAAAUUACAACAACGCGGCUUUUAAAACUCACCUAUACUUGCAAACUUAACAAAAAAGUAUAAAAAUAGAAAACAAAAAAGACAAAAAAAAAAUAACUUGGCUUUAACAAAAAUAAAAAACAACAAAAAAACGCAUAAAAGAGUAAGAAAAGCAAAACAUAAGUAAGAAGCUUCUGCUCCUCUUAAUACAACCCAGAGUUUAAAAUACCUAAAGUUCUGUGGUAUUACUCAGAGAUUAAAUAUUUUUACACAAACAAAAAUUCCCACACACCUUUUUCUACCCAACACUCCAAUACAAACAUGCACAAAAACUGUGUUUACUAAAACCCGGUUUAAAAUUAUUUAACAUAAACAAUUGUUUUAAAUAAGAUAACAAAAACAAAAAAAAAAGUUAACCAAGUGAGAAUGUAAAAAAGUGAGAGAAUUUAUAAAAUGAGCGCUGUAAGCUUUAAAAAACAAACCAAAAGCUUAGUGCAUGGAAACGAGUGAUAAAAAUGAAACAUUUCUAGCGUUUUUGUUAUGACAGCAACAGGUGGCAGUGAAACAUUUAUUACUAAUACUGUUAUAGAAAUCAUCAACAAAACUACUCUCUCACAUAUACAGUCAUUUGCUUGCAAGUUGCAACUUAAGGAAAAUCUCUUUUUGCAUGAUCUUCAGCUAAGUGGGAGUCAUCAUUGAUAUUGUUUGGAAAAUAUUACAGAUCACAAUUAACAAUUUAAAUCUAUUACUAACGACGACGUGAUACCAAUUUAUUGGGCUAUUGAUCUCUUUCUUACGUUAUUUUUAAUUGGAAAUUAUAAGUUGUUGCUGUUUUCUGUUGGACCUGUUGUUAAAAACAGAUAUUCCAGUUUCCAGAUUGUUUUUUUAUGCUUUGUUUUACUACUAUGCUGAUCAUUAAAAAAUGGCCAAAUCGAAAAUUGCUCUUUAUGCUGCUGGCGUAACUUGUUUGGGUUUUAUAUGUUUUGCUUUAGCUUCGGCCGCCAUUGGUAUACCUAUUUGGGGCUAUUAUAGCUCACCCUCGGGCGGUUAUGAUUACGACAAUGGUUACUUUGGUCCCUUUAAGGUUUGCAAACAGUUAGCCUAUAAUAGGGAGAAAUGUGGCAGUGAUGUUUCGAAAUUCAGAUUAUCAUCUGCCAUUUUUAUUAGCGGCAUAUUUGCCAUAUUAAGUUCAACUGUCUUUGGUUUAUUUUGCAUUUUGUCUGUUAUACAAAUUGCCAUGAUUUCGUCGCGAGAAAAAGUGGUCAUGUCGUAUACAUCACUGGUAAUGACCAAAAUGGUUUUAGCGUUAGUAGGAGGUAUAAUGGCUCUAGUGGCAACUGUUAUGUUUGCUGUACAAAUCGAUGAAUCUGAAAAAUAUGGUUUUCGUGUAUCACGAGGAAUAUCGUUUUAUUUACAGAUUGUUGUUAUUAUCUUAAGUAUACCUCUAUUUGUAUUGGCUUUAUACGAUGUUUUAUAUUCCAAAAAGCCUGGUGGUGAUCCCACCAUGAUGAUAGAUGCUGCCUCACCAUCAUCAGCCACAACGAUAAAUAAUCCAGGCUUUAAAGAACCCAGAACUAAGAAUGGCAUUUCUGUGACCGAUGCCUCGGGCAAACCAUAUGCUGGCAUACGCAAUGGCUCGGGCAGUGUGGCCUCUAUGAGCACCAUGGUCACUAGUGUUUCCAAUGGAUCUACAGUAGAAUCUGUUACACGUUCACCUUUAAGAUCUAGUUUAAAGAAACCUAGACCAAGACCUGAAAACGCCUUGGGUAUACAAAAUCCCGGCUACUCGGGAUCGGGUAAUUCACCACCUAUGCGACGUAAUGGUAGUGUUAAGAAAGUGCGCAUACAAACACAUAGUACGGAAGUUUAAAGGAGAUUGCGGUAGGAAUAAAAGAAUAUUAAUUUUGAUUAAGAUAAAAAAACAAAGACUGUGUACAGAUGAAGCUCUUCACUUGUUUUCUAAAAAAAAGGAAAUUUUGAACCUUUCCUAAGUUUACGGUAUUUUUAUAAGUUGUCUUCCAAUUAUUAAAGGUUUUACUUUGACAUGGCUUCAUAAAUUUAACAUCACAGAUAAAUUGAAAAAAAGUUUUUAAAAGAGUAUUAAAAUCCGUCCUUUUAACAAAAAAAUCUAAUUUUUAACGCAUAAACUAAAUGGCAAAUGUAUUUAAUGUUUCAAUAUGUUAAAAAAAGACCAACGACCAAUUAUUUAAAUAUAAAAUAUUUAAUGUUUUUUUUUUUAUAAAUUAUGGCAAUAUUUCGUAAAAGAAGAAUAAAUGAUUCAAAAAGUUAACAGAACAGUUAAUAGUGUUAAUUGGCAACAUUCUCUGCAGGCAAACGAGCUCAAAUAUAUUGCAACUAAAUGCAAAAUCUAGCAGUUUUUAGCAUUUUCUUUUUAUUUAAAAGUUUUUUAAACAAAUUUUAUUUUAUAAGACUUUGUUUUGCUUUUAAAACAUUUGUUAAAUACGACCUUUUAUUAUAAA